CAACCCAAACGCAACCGCAGCUACAGCACAGCACAGCACAGCACAACACGUCGGCAUGUAUCCGCCCAAGGCCAGCGGCGAUCCGGCCGCCGGGGCGGCGCCGGUGACUGGCUUCCCCGUCGGCGGGCCUGCCGCCUCCUCCCAGUGGUCCUCCGGCCUGUUGGACUGCUUCGACGACUGCGGCCUCUGCUGCCUGACGUGCUGGUGCCCGUGCAUCACGUUCGGGCGCGUGGCGGAGAUCGUGGACCGCGGCGCGACGUCGUGCGGCACGGCGGGGGCGCUGUACGCGGUGCUGGCCUACUUCACGGGCUGCCAGUGGAUCUACUCGUGCACGUACCGCGCCAAGAUGCGCGCCCAGCUCGGCCUCCCCGAGACCCCCUGCUGCGACUGCCUCGUCCACUUCUGCUGCGAGCCGUGCGCGCUCUGCCAGCAGUACAAGGAGCUCAAGGCCCGCGGCUUCGACCCCGUCCUCGGCUGGGACCGCAACGCCACUAUGCUGCCUCCGUCCGCACAGGGGAUGGGCCGCUGACCGCUGACCGGCCAGCCUCUGCGUAAAUAAAUAAUUAAUGCUUAUAUAUGUACUAGUAUAGUGCCCGUGCGUUGCGACGGCACACAAAUAUAGUGUCCGAACUUGGCAAAGACGAUGCCCAUGUCCAUGCGUCCUACCAGAUACUGGAGAUAUUGUGUUUCAGAUUCACUGCUAGAAGC